AUGGUUCGCCGCCAAGCUACAACUACCGCCGCCGCUGCCUCAACUUCAACUCGAGUGGCAGACGCCGUUUGUUCGAACGGUCCCUUUACUCGAUCCUGCUGGGCCCCCGGCUACAGUAUAGCAACAGAUUUUGAUGCAAAAUGGCCGAAUACGGGCAAAACGGUCUACUACAAUCUGGAAAUCACGAACACUACUUGCAACCCAGACGGCGCCAAGGAAAAGAUCUGCUUUUUGGUCAAUGGACAGUACCCAACUCCUACUAUCUAUGCCGACUGGGGCGACCGACUUGCGAUCACCGUCAAGAAUUCAAUGCCCCACAACGGCACCAGCAUACAUUGGCAUGGUAUACGACAGCUCAACACAUGCACUGAGGACGGUGUCAACGGUAUUACAGAAUGUCCUCUGGCGCCUUUUGACACGAAGACAUAUUACUUCCAAGCAACGCAAUUCGGUACCACAUGGUAUCACUCGCAUUUUUCAGCCCAGUAUGGAGACGGCAUCAUCGGAGCCAUGGUGAUCAACGGACCGGCCGCGUCCAAUUAUGACGUAGAUCUCGGUCCUUACAUGAUCAACGACUGGUUCUACCGUACGUCUUACGAGAUCAAUUCUAUAGUAGCACAGAACCUGCAGAGGCGCACCGGUCCACCUCCAGCCGAUACUCUCCUCAUCAACGGCAAAAACAAGAGCCCUUCAGGCACUGGGAGCUACACGACAACAACAAUUACACCUGGCAAGAAGUACCGUCUCAGACUGAUCAACCCCUCCGUUGACAACUCCAUCCGUGUUUCCCUUGACGGCCACCCCUUCACUGUAAUCACAGCGGACCUGGUUCCGAUCAAACCCUACACGACCAACUGGGUACUCCUCUCCGUCGGCCAGCGGUACGAUGUUAUCUUCACCGCUAACCAGGCCGUCGGCAACUACUGGUUCAGGGCCGAAGUCGCCACCGACUGUGCUAGCUCUAAUAACUUCUAUGGCCGCUCCAUCUUCCGCUACUCUGGUGCACCACAAAGCGACCCGACCAGCACCGCCACAUCGUUCACCGCCGGCUGCCGUGAUCCUACAACCCUCACGCCUUGGGUUGCGAAUACGGUAAACAGUGAAGCCUUCCUCAACCAAGUUGGGAACCUGCAGGUCGAUCUUGCUCGUGAGCAGGUCACUACCAAUGGCCAGAAUAUCGUUGUCUGGGGCGUAAAUAUGACCGCCAUCGAUAUCAUGUGGGAUCUUCCUACUCUUGAUUACGUUAAGAAAGGAAAGUCGGACUACCCGCGCACAUACAACCUGCUCGAGAUUCCCAACCAGAACACAUGGUCGUACUGGAUCAUCCAAGAAACUCCUGGCACCCCAGUUCCCAUCCCCCAUCCCAUCCAUCUUCACGGUCAUGACUUCUACGUCCUCGGUUCCGGUGUUGGCGUCUUCGACAAGGUCAACUCCGUCCCCUCUCUUAAGUUCCAAAAUCCGACACGCCGCGAUGUUGCAAUCUUGCCGGGCGGCGGCUGGCUCGCAAUCGCCUUCCCAACCGACAACCCCGGCGCAUGGCUGAUGCACUGCCACAUCGCCUGGCACAUUGCCGAGGGACUGGGUGUUCAGUUCUUAGAGAGCAAGGCUGCCAUCACUCUCCCGAACGCGGAGUGGGAGAAGACAUGCACGAACUGGAGAAACUACAACAACAAUAAUCCGGUGUAUGUGCAGGAUGAUUCUGGCUUGUAA